AUACACUGUUGUUAUGGGACUGUUCGUGUAUGCUGGUUAUACACUGUUGUUAUGGGACUGUUCGUGUAUGCUGGUUAUACACUGUUGUUAUGGGACUGUUCGUGUAUGCUGGUUAUACAUUGUUGUUAUUGGACUGUUCGUGUAUGCUGGUUAUAUAUUAUUGUUCUGAUAGAUGGCAGUAUGUAAUGAGUAAUUAGUGUAAAAAGUGACCUGGUUAGGGGGGGGAACAUUUUUUUAUAACAUUUUAGACACCAUAUGUGGAUUAGUGAUUUAAUACAUCUGUUAUACGACGAAAUUCUUGGAGAUAGCUGUAAUUUUAUACAUGUAAGAAUCUUAACAGAAAAAUUAAGAUAGACGCUUAUUGUAGACUUUCACAAAAGGGGAUUAUCUCUGUAUUCUAAGUGUACUGGUAUUGUGAGCUGUGGUUUUAUCUGGCCUUGGACUCUGUGCAGUGUAGUGAACAAUAGUUAUGAAUGUUGUGACUGCAUCGGCUAGCUUCAUAUAUAUUCAUGUUAUGUAGGGAUGGUUGAUAAGUUUAACAGACACUCUGCUAUCUGUGGUAAGGGGCACUCGGCAGAAGAAACAUAGUUCAAUGUAAUAUUACAUUCUCCAGGCAAUUAAUUACUCGCUGCUUGAUAGUGAUAAGUUCUAUUUAUUUUUUUCUCUUCCAGUUUCCACUAUUCAGGUUAUUGUCAUUGUCAUAGCUGUAGUGUUAAAGCUGGGUCUUCUCACCUGCGUCAUUAGUCAUCAUAAAAUGGGAGCGCGGUCGUGGAGUGAAGGAAGGGGGCGGCCGCCUCCCCAAACAUUUCUCCAGGUACCACAACCCCAACAUCAUCGUCACCAGUUGUACCUACCAGCACCACAUCAUUCGGUGCUCUUUAGGCAGCAGGGUCUACAAGAUAAGAAACGAUUAGAGUUGGCAGCCCAACAGGAAAGACAGAUUAGACAGCAGUCAGUUCAGACAGACCUGGCACUCGAUCUUCCAGCAUCUGUAACCUUGCCCGAUGGUGAGGAACACCCAUACGGUAGCUCAAAGUUACUUCGCUUGCGGAACCCUCAGCAAGAAAGCGAGAUAUAUAGAGGCUGUAUACGCCCUCCUCCAAACAGAACAGUGCUCCAAGGGGAUGGUCUCGAAACGUAUCACUCUAAACCCGCGUGUUUCUCCUCUAAACCCUGUGCACCUGCUAGUGUCUUGCGAACUAUAGAUAGAAAUCCCCUAGUCAUACCCCGUCAGAGUGUCGGUGGUGGAAAUCACCACCAGGGUGGUGCCCUAUCUCAGGUAUUCCCGUCAUACUUUAGGAUACCAGUACCUACGUGUGGAAAAACAACAAGUCGUAGAGCCAGUUCUACAGGUGAGGCAGAAUGUCAAAGGCAGAUGACCUUUGAAGCAGUUGACUCUCCACCCAGAUAUAGUGACAUCAUUCAAAAUCAUGACCUUUGUAGAUUCUCUGGGCAGUCUGAGAGUGGUGUUUGAUCACCUACUUAUCUCUGGUGAUGAAAGUCUUUCACUUGCCUGCAGCAGCCUUGUGAUAAAAAUUUCAACUGGGACUUGCCGGUGUUACGUGAGCGAGCCUAGAGUUGGAAUGCAGAAGGUUAUCCCCUUCUUAGUGCCUCACAUUUUGUUGUUGGUUUUUCCUCGUUGCUACAGCAGCUUUCGUGUAGACCAGACACAAACGGUGGAUUUGUUUGCUUCUCCAAACACACGAUUUUCUGUCCGCGAUGCUUGCGAGUGUUGCUAUAACUUUAACCAAGAUUGACACCUGUGCCUGUAUGUUUGUGUAUAUGAACAGAAAAAGAUCCAACAAUUCAGUGUUUCAAAAUAUCAUGUUUAUAUAGUCACCAUGGACAAAAAAAAUGAAACUAUUAUACAAAUCUUUGCUGUAUUGAUUUGUUGGCGGACAUUGUACUGUACUUAGUUCUAAAGCAGAGGAGAAAGAAAACGUUGUUAAUGUAGUGAGUAAACAGACUAGUCUAAACUGUCAGUUUUUGUUAAAAGUGAUAACAUCCAAGUGAUGUGAAGAAAUCUUUCUGAAAUGAAUAUAAUAAACAGUGUUAAGAGUUGCCUGUUUAAGCCAGUAAGCCCUGUCAUUUUAUCCCUUUAUAAUGAUCACUAACAACUCAAAGGUUUGAGUGACAACAGAUUUUUCAGGUAACCUUGUUGCUUUAGCUUACACAAGUAAAAACAGGAUUAAUGUAGUUUUCCUUAGAAACACCUGUUAUCAUCAAUACAUGUUUUACUAACAGCUGAAGUGAUAUCUUUGUUUUAUAUGAUGUCAACCUCUACAACUGUAUGAUUCCAGAGCUUUAUACAAGUUACUGUUGUUAUAACCCUCCAUCUUUACCCGUGUAAGAUCAGACCAGUUAAGGUUUUUUUCCCACCAUGAUGUUCACUUGUAGUCAUAAUUGUAAUUAUGAGACUGACUCCGUUACAAAUUUAUAGGUAGCUUUUCUUUUGUAUUAACAGUAAAAAAAGUGUAUUAUUUCCAGAAUAUAAUUCUGUAAAUGGUAAAUAUUUUAGUUUGUUUCAUUUAAGAGCAACAAAGUUGCUCAAGAUUUUGAAACCAGUGCAGUUUCUUUGGUGAGUAAUGUACUGACUAGUCCAAUCUUAUGUAGGUUUAAAAUACUGUCAUCCUGGUUUUAUAUUAUAUUAUUGAAAACUCUAUUGCUUUAUCAAAUGUUGUGUUAUAGCAUAAUAUGAAACUUCAGUUUCUCUGAUAGCUCGGCUAGAUUGCGAGAAAAAAAAUAAGAUUUGUGUAGUUUAAAAUAAGAACCUGAAGCAUGUAAUUCCACAAGAAUAAAUAUCUUGCAAGUGCCAAUGGUCUAAACAGAUAACUGCCACUGAAUGACAGUUUAAGUAUGCCUGCAACACUACAAAAACUGUCCUGCUACCUUAGUGUUAAAUACACAGCUUUGAGUCUAAGUUCAGUGUCUGUAUUGACAGUUACUUAAUUUCUUGGAACUCUAGAAUUAUUUCUUUAUAUUUAGUUUCUUCAUCAGUGUUUUAAGAUGUAUAUACUUUUUAAACAAAAGUCAAAUUUGGGAAAUUUCAGUUCUUGUAAAGGUAUCUUUAGAGACAUAACUCGUAGGAUUUCAUUCCCUGUUGUAAAGUUACCAACAUAAAGAAUCAUUAGUGCCGGUGACAAUGCUGUGUCACAUUUUUGUAUAAGUAUGUGGAAUCUCUCAGUAUCAGAUAUAACACUAUCUUAGUUCAUACAAUCCUUUGCCAAUAAUUGCUUUAUUUCUGGGGCCAGCUGUUUAUGCUGUUUUCCGCGUAAGUUAUUUUUGCACAAAGCUUGAAAUUGUAUCUUUCAGUUAAAAAAGCGGGGUUUGAUAUUAGGAGUACAGCCCCCGUUUUUGUUGCCAGUCAGAUUGAUGACGGAUCUUAAAAUUCUUUUAAACAUCAAAAUUCGUAGUGCAAUGACUAAAUUUUUUCCACUUUAAGUAUAAAAGAAGUUAAAAAAUAUAUCAAAUAUAAUUUAUUUUUGUUAAAAGUAACAAGUCAAAACUGUUUUAUUUUUAGCUUGUUUUUUUACUAUUGUCAGUUGAACAGUUAAUUUACAAAAACAACAUUCAUACUGACAUGUCCAUGUGUAUCUACUUUGAUAAAAGAUAGUAAAGAAUAAAUUGAUAAGUCUAAACUUUUUUCUAGUUUAUUUUUUGUGAGGUUUUGAGCAGACGCUCGUCAUCGGGCAGUAAAGACCAUAAUUUUCGAAUCUAGUGAACAUGUUAAAACAGAUGUUUUGUUGAUAUAUUAAGAUAAAUUCAGUUGCAUAAAAAGCUGUACAAGUCACUUGUAAUUUAAAAUUGCAUGGUGUGUGUGUGUGUGUGUGUGUGUGCGUUAAUUACCCAUUUCAUUUGAACACACUUAAUAUUUGUGAAUGUUUGUUGUAUGCUGAUUCCAGUAACUCUUUUCAAGCGACCACAGUUACAAGACAAAAGGACACAGUGACCACACGUCUACAUCUGUGUGUGGCUAAAAUCUAGUAAUUUGUAAUCUUCUUAUUAAACAAGUUGCUUAAGUAAUAGUUUGGAGUAUAAUGUUUUGGAAGGGUUUUAUUUGUUCAUUUUCCUGUUUUACAAUUACAGGAUUCCCACACCAAACUGUUUGGAUUUUCAGGAUGAACUUACCCUUAAAGUUACAACUUCAUUAGGUGGAGAACAUCUUCUGAUGUUUUCUUGUGAUUAUAAAAUACGUUCCAUUCUGUAUUUCGAUUCCGUAUUCUUAUUCCAUAACAUGAGAAAUGAUUUCCAACUCCAUUCAUUUCCAAGGUUUGUGGGAAUCUUGAAUUAAAAGAUUAGUGGGAAGAAACUUGCAGUGUGAACAGAUACUGCAGAACACGGCAUCUGUUAACUUAUGGCUGUGUAAAUACGUGUAUUCCAAAACACGGCACAACGGCAUCUGUUAACUUAUGGAUGUGUAAAUACGUGUAUUCCAAAACACGGCACAACGGCAUCUGUUAACUUAUGGCUGUGUAAAUACGUGUAUUCCAAAACACGGCACAACGGCAUCUGUUAACUUAUGGCUGUGUAAAUACGUGUAUUCCAAAACACGGCACAACGGCAUCUGUUAACUUAUGGCUGUGUAAAUACGUGUAUUCCAAAACACGGCAAAACGGCAUCUGUUAACUUAUGGCUGUGUAAGUACGUGUAUUCCAAAACACGGCACAACAGCAUCUGUUAACUUAUGGCUGUGUAAAUACGUGUAUUCCAAAAUACGGCACAACGGCAUCUGUUAACUUACGGCUGUGUAUUUUUUUUAUCACUAGACCUAAUCUCACCCAGCAGUCUGACAAUUUGUUGCUUGUUCUAGAUGUUAAAUUAAUUUCCAUUACACGUGUCUGAGCACAAGAGAACUUUGAGUUUGUUGCUGUAACAAAACAAAAAACUUGUUCUAAUAGUACAAACCCUAGACUGUGGUUUAAUUGAGCUUACUGGAGCAAAACUAUAAAACAUGUUGUUAAUAAUGGCUAUUAAAUUGGCCAGAGGGUAUGCAAAACUAUUGUAGUCAUCAUCUUAAGAUUUGUUUCAAGUCUUCUCUUCCACUCACGAUUGUAACUUUGUAGUUAAUGCAAUAAACUGUAUUUUAGGUAACGUUUCUCUGAAGAAGCAGCCAUAACUGUCACUAAAGCUAAGUUUGUUGCUUGUGUUAUCUUGUUAUGGUUCCUGUAUCCCUAAUUUAAUGGAGUACACUUUUGAGUGAAUACUUAGGCAUACAGUUGAGUAGCAGUUUCUACUUCAAGAUAAAUCCAGUGUACUAAGUAGCUUUAGAAUCAGGCUACAUUAAUUUAUAAAAGUCAAUUUGAAACUUUUAUUUGAUCCAUCCAGAGAAGUCAAUAAUCCUUGUGUUAAAAUAUUUUAAGUUUGUAGGUAAAUUGAAUCUUCAUUGUAAAGAUUACUGUAACUAUAAAUAGUGACACUUACAGAUUAUGUGUGUACAUCGAAUAAACAAAUAAAAUGAUUUAUGUUAAGUUUCACGGAUUACAGGGUAUAUGAUGAACUUUUAAAAAUUCCAAGAUGGAAGGAGCAUUCCUCUGGUUUUGUGGCAGAUUUGCAGUAUCUUUUGACCUCCGAGAUCAAGGAACUUUUAGGUGAAGUGUGUAAGAUGAUUGUUCAGCCAACUCGUUGACCACUACUGUUAAGAUGACCUCACAAUAGCUGAAGGUAGUUACCAUUAGAAAUGGGAAGAAUUACAGCUCAAUACAUUUUUUUUGGCUAUAACCCUUAUUAACCAGAGAAAUUCUACUGAUGUCAUGGCAUAAGAAAAAUAAAUUUCUGUUUGGAUAAAGUUUUCUGAAAGAUGUGUGGACAUGAUACGGCUCUGAAGGGGAUGUGCCUGGGUAAGGAUUUUAACAUAUACCAUUUCUAGCAGUAAUGCUGCAGACAAAUGUUUACUGUUUUACAAAGAUGAUAAGUGAAUUUUUGUCAUGUUAUUGAGAGGGGUGAAUAUGUGAUUGUAUAUAGUUUCAAUAUUUUAAUUUAUUUACUGCUUUAUAGAAAAGAUAAAAUGGAGGAAAGAAAACAAUGUGAUUUUGAGUAGGAAAAUAAUAUAAAAUUUUCUUAUUGCCAUAAAACACCCACUACAACAGUAGUUAAUUUGUAAAUUAUUUGGAUUCUUGGGAACCUCUAAAGUAUGAAAGCUUGGAUUCUUUAGUAGAGUUUGUUUUGAAACAGGUCAAAGUUCCUGGUGUCAGUGACUGCUACUUGUUUGUUUAGAAGUGCCUUCUUUUGUUACUUUGUACUUAACAUCAGAUUGUUCUAAAUAUGCCAGUUUGAAACUUCUGUAACAGAAUCCAAAUGUUGUAAAAUUAAACUUGUACCAGAGCAGUACUAACAUUCUUGACUCAGGCACUCGUUUAAAGAAUUGUGAUGUAGCAGUUAAUAGUGAAGAGAUGAGCUGGCAAAUGAUCCUAGAAGUUGUUCUUAGUGGUGUUCUAAAGUUACAUGAUUAUGGAUAUAACACAUGCUUAAGAAUGUUUUUAGGA